CUCCUACAAGAUAGACAUGAGUUUCUGCGGAAAAGUGGUGAUAGUUACGGGUGCGAGCUCCGGCAUCGGCGCAGCUGCCGCCAUCUUGUUUACGAAAGAAGGCGCUCGAGUCGCCAUCGUCGGUCGAAAUGAGAACAAACUCAGUAACGUCGCAAAACAAUGCGCGGGAAAAGGAGAAACACCUCUUGUCAUCAAAGCAGAUGUAUCCAACGAAGAAGAAGCUAAGAGUAUAGUUCAACAGACUAUCGACAAAUUUGGAAAAUUGGAUGUCCUAAUCAAUAAUGCUGGCUUCACCAAACCAGGCUCGCUACUCGACGGAAAGAUUCUCGAAGCAUACGACGAUAUAAUGAAAACGAACGUCCGAGCUGUGAUCCAUCUGACAACACUAGCAGCUCCUCAUUUGAUAAAAACAAAAGGGAACAUCAUCAACACGUCUAGCGUGGUGUCUCUCCGCGUCCUUAGCGCACCGACGCAAGCUGCUUACUGCAUUUCUAAAGCAGCUUUGGAUCAUUUCACGCGCUGCGCUGCCUUAGAACUGGCACCUUCGGGCGUUAGAGUGAACAGCGUCAAUCCAGGACCAGUGAGAACCGAUGCUCUGGAAAAUGCCGGCGUAAUGAAUGCCGAUGCUGUGUGGGAUAGUUACAAGAGCAAAACAGCCCUGAACAGGAUUGGUGAGCCCGAGGAAAUAGCUGAGGUCAUGUUGUUUUUAGCCAGUGACAGGGCGAGGAGUAUUACUGGAUCUAUUUAUUUGUCUGACAAUGGGUUUAUACUUAAAAAUUAG